AUGGAAAGCCUGGGGAACAAGUUUAUCAGCACUGAUAAUAAUGCUGGUGCAGCUGUUGCCACUGCUGUUACUACUGCUGCUGGUGGAGCUGCAGCUACUGUUAUUGCUGUUGCUGCUGGUGCAGCUGCUGCUACCGCUGUUACUGCUGCUGCUGGUGCAGCUGCAGCCACUGUUAUUGCUGUUGCUGAUGGUGCAGCUGCUGCCACUGCUGUUACGCUUGCUGCUGAUACAGCUGCUGCUCUUGUUAUUGCUGCUGCUGCUGGUGCAGCUGCUGCCACUGCUUUUACUGUUGCUGCUGGUGCAGCUGCAGUCACUGUUGUUUCUGUUGCAGCUGAUGCAGGUGCAGACACUGUUGUUGCUGUUGCUGUUGGUGCACCUAUAGCCACUGUUGUCGAUGUAGCUGCUGUUACCUCUAGGCCUCAUCUAUUAUCCACUGGAUUCUGCUCAAAAUUAUCUACAGACUAG